AUGAAUCGGAGCCUGAAGCUCACCACUUACCACAAGCUUGGAAGCCUACGCACACCCAGUGACCCCGCCUGGUUUUGCACGACACAGGAACAUAGUUUUCCCCUCCACUCUUAUUCGAGGUCCGUUGGGAGUAUUCGCGAACAAUGGCUUCAAGACGGGGGAAAGACCAAGUUUCCAGCGCAAGAAGAGCUUGGCGGUUCGGUGACUGCCGGCCCGCGGGCACACUGGGUGUGUUGGUUCGAGGAACUCGGAGAUGAUUUCAAGGGGUACUGUACUCUCGAGGAACAACAAGCACUGCCUAUAGGCGACUGCUUUGGAUAG